AAAUGAUUAAUUACCCAACUCAACUCUCAGUGCUCCACCAUAUAUCCCUUUUGCUUCUUCCUCUUCUUUCCAAAAAGUCAGCGCCAUCCUUUGUGCCUCUAUUUUCUCCCUCUGGUUAUAGACUCAUGCUCUCUAUUCAACUUCUUCAAUUGGGCAAAAAAUCACUUUAGUUUUUUGCUACCAAAAACUCUACUCUUUCUGCUAUUCUCUUCUCUAUUUCUUGUGUAUAUAUAAUGGCUGAGGACUGGGAUCUCUUUGCCAUCGUGAGAAGCUGCCAAUCAGCCACCAAUACUGCCACGGCCCCAAUAGGAAAUCCACCACCUCCUACCACCAACACCACACCACCUUCCUUGGCCACUUUUACUUUCAAGGAAGAAUAUAAUGAGGCAUUCUCUUUUCCCAAUAUAGUGCAACCUAUAACCAAUGAGUUUCAUGACCUAAACCAAUUGCUCACACCCUUUAACCCCACCACCAACACCACUAGUAGUGCUAAUGGUAUCAAUACUAAUUCCCCUGAUUUUGCAGGAUGCAUUGGACAACACCAAAGCAACCACCACCAUCUUUCUGUGCUUGCCCCUCCUUCUAAAACCUCCAUUUGGCCCUCCACUUCAAGUUUCAACAGAAGACAACAUGUACAGAAAAACCAGAAUCAGCUACCAAUAGUUCAGAAACAGGAUUUUCAAGUACCCCAGAGCAAUUCUGCUUUGAUUUCAUCAAACCCACAACCUCAAACACCCAAAGCAAGAAAAAGAAAAAACCAACAGAAGAAAAUGGUGUGCCAUGUCACAGCAGAUAACCUCUCAUUAGAUUUGUGGGCAUGGCGUAAAUAUGGACAAAAACCCAUCAAGGGUUCUCCAUAUCCAAGGAACUAUUACAGGUGUAGCAGCUCCAAAGGUUGUGCCGCACGAAAGCAAGUUGAACGGAGCAACACUGAAGAUGAUAUCUUCAUCGUUACAUACACCGGAGACCACUCGCAUCCUAGACCAACUCACCGAAACUCGCUCGCCGGGAGUACCCGGAACAAGUCUAUGCCAUCUUUGCAAACCAAAACUACUAGUACUACUACUUCUUGUUCUUCUCCUCUGUCCUCAUCUACUCCGGUGUACCCUCCGGCAGAAGAUCCGCCGGCAACGGAUGACCCGGAUCCAGACCCUGAAAUUGAAACUGACAAUGACGUCGAAGAUGAAGCUGACAUUCUGCUACCCAUUGAUGUAGCCAUGCCCGAUGAUAUGUUUAUGGACUUUGAUCACUUUCCCAGUGGCAGAGGCAGUGGUUAAACCGGUGCUCGAAAACCAACCCGGUUGAAUCUGGGUUCUUUUGAGUCGUAUUUAUGUUGUAUUUGGUUCAAUCCAACAAAUGAAUUUUGAUAAUAAGAAAA